AGCAGACUUGCGUAACCCGGAGAUAAACUGUGACCACAAAAGCUGCUUCAGUUCAGACAGCUAGCUUCUCUAUGGACACUGAAUGCAUUGCCCUGGCCGAGUCAUGUGUUUAAAAGUAACACAAGACAGGAAGAAAUACUUUCCCAGUAAAAUGUGGAGGACAUCGGCUCAACUCAUUCUCCAGAUAUAGUCGAAAUCAUAGCCACAACAAUGCACUUGUCCAUAGUCUCCCUAACCAAGCCUGUCCUUCAUGGAUACUUCAGAAGUUCCUGCUCCUGGAGGGUUCGCAUAGCUUUUGCCCUCAAAGGUAUUGAGUAUGACCAGGCUCCAGUCAAUCUAAUCAAAGAUGGAGGUCAUCAGCGUACCCAAGAGUUCAAGUCUGUGAACCCAAUGCAACAAGUGCCUGCAGUUGAAAUUGAUGGCAUCACCCUCUGUCAGUCACUGGCAGUGAUCCAGUAUCUCGAUGAGACCAGGCCAGGGGCUCGGCUUCUCCCAGCAGACCCAAAGAAGCGUGCUCAGGUUCGCAUGAUAAGUGACCUCAUUGCAUCUGGGAUACAGCCCCUACAGAAUUUGUACGUGAUUCAGAAAAUAGGAGCAGAAAAGAUGCAGUGGUCUCAUCACUUCAUUGAUCGUGGCUUUCAGGCUCUUGAGCCCAUUCUGAAGCAAACAGCGGGGAAAUAUUGUGUAGGGGAUGAGAUAUCCAUGGCAGACACUUGUUUGGUCCCACAAGUCUACAAUGCAGAGAGAUUCAAAGUUGACAUCGAUCAGUAUCCCACCAUCAAAAGGUUGAAUCAAACCUUACUUGAGAUUGAUGCCUUCAAAGUGAGCCACCCAUCUAACCAACCAGACACACCUGCUGACCUGCGUGCAUAGUGCUCAACAGCUUCAGACAACACAUGCAGCUUUGUACUUUGUUAAAUAAAACACUUUGUAAACAAUCC